AUGUCCCCCUGCUUCAGGGAGCCCUCAGCCCUGUGUUCCUCCACCUCAGGGAGCCCUCAGCCCCGUGUUCCUCCACCUCAGGGAGCCCUCAGCACCGUGUCCCCCUGCUUUAGGGAGCCCUCAGCCCCAUGUUCCUCCCUCAGGGAGCCCUCAGCCCCGUGUCCCCCCGCUUCAGGGAACCCUCAGCUCGGUGUCCCCACCUCAGGGAACCCUCAGCUCGGUGUCCCCACCUCAGGGAGCCCUCAGCCCCAUGUCCCCACCUCAGGGAGCCCUCAGACCCGUGUUCCCCACUCAGGGAGCCCUCAGCCCCAUGUCCCCCUGCCUCGGGGAGCCCUCAGCUCGGUGUCCUCACCUCAGGGAGCCCUCAGCCCCGUGUUCCUCCCUCAGGGACCCCUCAGCCCCGUGUCCCCCCGCUUUAGGGACCCCUCAGCCCCGUGUCCCCCCCCUCAGGGAGCCCUCAGCCCCGUGUUCCUCUUUCAGGGAGCCCUCAGCCCUGUCCCCCUGCCUUGGGGAGCCCUAAGCUCGGUGUCCCCAUCUCAGGGAGCCCUCAGCUCAGUGUCUUCACCUCAAGGAGCCCUCAGCCCCAUGUCCCCCUGCUUCAGGGAGCCCUCAGCCCUGUGUUCCUCCACCUCAGGGAGCCCUCAGCCCCGUGUUCCUCCACCUCAGGAAGCCCUCAGCACCGUGUCCCCCUGCUUUAGGGAGCCCUCAGCCCCAUGUUCCUCCCUCAGGGAGCCCUCAGCCCCGUGUCCCCCCGCUUCAGGGAACCCUCAGCUCGGUGUCCCCACCUCAGGGAGCCCUCAGCCCCAUGUCCCCACCUCAGGGAGCCCUCAGACCCGUGUUCCCCACUCAGGGAGCCCUCAGCCCCAUGUCCCCCUGCCUCGGGGAGCCCUCAGCUCGGUGUCCUCACCUCAGGGAGCCCUCAGCCCCGUGUUCCUCCACCUCAGGAAGCCCUCAGCACCGUGUCCCCCUGCUUUAGGGAGCCCUCAGCCCCAUGUUCCUCCCUCAGGGAGCCCUCAGCCCCGUGUCCCCCCGCUUCAGGGAACCCUCAGCUCGGUGUCCCCACCUCAGGGAACCCUCAGCUCGGUGUCCCCACCUCAGGGAGCCCUCAGCCCCAUGUCCCCACCUCAGGGAGCCCUCAGACCCGUGUUCCCCACUCAGGGAGCCCUCAGCCCCAUGUCCCCCUGCCUCGGGGAGCCCUCAGCUCGGUGUCCUCACCUCAGGGAGCCCUCAGCCCCGUGUUCCUCUCUCAGGGAGCCCUCAGACCCAUGUCCUCCCCUCAGGAAACCCUCAGCUCGGUGCCCCCCCCCACCUCGGGGAGCCCUCAGCUUGGUGUCCCCACCUCAGGGAGCCCUCAGCCCCGUGUUCCUCUCUCAGGGAGCCCUCAGCUCAGUGUCUUCACCUCAAGGAGCCCUCAGCCCCAUGUCCCCCUGCUUCAGGGAGCCCUCAGCCCUGUGUUCCUCCACCUCAGGGAGCCCUCAGCCCCGUGUUCCUCCACCUCAGGAAGCCCUCAGCACCGUGUCCCCCUGCUUUAGGGAGCCCUCAGCCCCAUGUUCCUCCCUCAGGGAGCCCUCAGCCCCGUGUCCCCCCGCUUCAGGGAACCCUCAGCUCGGUGUCCCCACUUCAGGGAACCCUCAGCUCGGUGUCCCCACCUCAGGGAGCCCUCAGCCCCAUGUCCCCACCUCAGGGAGCCCUCAGACCCGUGUUCCCCACUCAGGGAGCCCUCAGCCCCAUGUCCCCCUGCCUCGGGGAGCCCUCAGCUCGGUGUCCUCACCUCAGGGAGCCCUCAGCCCCGUGUUCCUCUCUCAGGGAGCCCUCAGACCCAUGUCCUCCCCUCAGGAAACCCUCAGCUCGGUGCCCCCCCCCGCCUCGGGGAGCCCUCAGCUUGGUGUCCCCACCUCAGGGAGCCCUCAGCUCGAUGUCGCCCUGCCUCGGGGAGCCCUCCGCUCGGUGUCCCCACCUCAGGGAGCCCUCAGCCCCGUGUCCCCCCACCUCGGGGAGCUCUCAGCCCCGUGUUCCCCCCUCAGGGAGUCCUCAGCCCCGUGUCCCCCUGCUUCAGGGAGCCCUCAGCUCGGUGUCCCCACCUCAGGGAGCCCUCAGCUCGAUGUCGCCCUGCCUCGGGGAGCCCUCCGCUCGGUGUCCCCACCUCAGGGAGCCCUCAGCCCCGUGUCCCCCCACCUCGGGGAGCUCUCAGCCCCGUGUUCCCCCCUCAGGGAGUCCUCAGCCCCGUGUCCCCCUGCUUCAGGGAGCCCUCAGCUCGGUGUCCCCACCUCAGGGAGCCCUCAGCUUGGUGUCGUCCCUCCACCCACCCCACCAGCCCUCCCCCGGGGGGUUGGUGUGUGGCGGAACCCCACCAUCACCACCACUCAGCUUCAGGGCCGGUCACUCAGCCCUGAGGGUGCGGGAAAGUUAAAAAAAAAACAAACACCUUAA